UUGUGCAACGUCAGCAAAAUUCAUCUAUAAAAACAGAAAGCGAUUAACAAUUUAUCACACAGACCACUUGAAUUGUUAGGUAGUUUACAUACAACGCUACCCAUCUUUCACCAUGAAAUUCCAGGUAUGGAGCAUGUUGGCUGUUGUUAUUUUGAUGUCUUCUUUGGCUACGGCAAAACCCACGCCAGGUAAAUCAAGCCCAGAUGCUCGGAUUGAGGCCCAGCAGCGAUUACAACAACAAAUUGAAAAAGAGUUCGGAGAGGAGGAAUGGUUCGAGGACUUGAACAGUUUCAUCAACAAGUUUGUUAAGCAAGGAGAAGAGGCUUUGAAGAGCCAUUCUAAAUCCACUCCAAGUCCUGGAUCCAAAACCGUUUCACCUUCCGCUUCCAACCAUGUAACUCUUAAAGCCAAGAAACCAGUGGCUUCCGAGACGCCAACCAAGAAAACCAUGUCCAAACAUGAAAAGGAGACAGCACCAAAAGCUGAUAAGCCGGUAACAGUUAAAAAUGCUAAAACAGUGCCACCAAAGGCUGCCAAACCGACAACUCCUUUAUCUGUUAAAUCUGGUGCCAAACGGACAGUUGCUUAA